GGGCCCGGCGGGCGCGCUCCCGCACUCGAUCUCUUCGUCCAGCGACUGCUCUGGCCUAGCGCGGGGCUCGCUUAGUGCUGCCUUCCCGCCUUCACGUGCUCCAGAGCCAUGGCGGCCUCCGUGACGGGCGGUAGUGCGGCUCCGGUUUCUGCCACAGCCCGAGGCCCCACACGGCGAGCGGCGCAGCAGAUCCCUGAGGAGAUCCUCGCUAAUGCAGAGCUGCGGGAGGCAGCAGAGGCUUUGCCCCGAAACUACAACUUUGAGAUCCCCAAGACCAUCUGGCGGAUCCGGCAGGCUCGGGCCAGGAAGGUGGCCCUACAGAUGCCGGAGGGGCUCCUCAUGUUCGCCUGCACCAUCGCAGACAUCAUUGAGCGGUUCACAGAUGCGGAGGCGGUGGUGAUGGGCGACGUGACCUAUGGUGCAUGCUGUGUGGACGACUACACGGCCCGGGCCCUGGGCGCUGACUUCUUGGUGCAUUACGGACACAGCUGCCUGAUUCCCAUUGACACCACGCAGGGGCUGAAGAUGCUCUACGUGUUCGUGGACAUCAAGAUUGACACAUCCCAUUUCCUUGAGACCAUUCGCUUCAACUUCACAGCGGGCACCUCCCUGGCCUUCGUCAGCACCAUCCAGUUCGUCUCCACAGUACAGGCAGCAGCACAGGAGCUGCGCUCCCAGUACAAGGUGUCUGUACCCCAGUGCAAACCACUGUCCCCAGGGGAGAUCCUGGGCUGCACAUCACCCCGGCUCGCCCAGGACACAGAUGCCAUCGUGUAUUUGGGCGACGGGCGCUUCCACUUGGAGUCCAUCAUGAUCACCAACCCAGGGAUACCUGCCUACAGGUAUGAUCCCUACAGCAAGGUCUUCUCCGAGGAGCACUACAGCCACGACCGCAUGCACCGUGCUCGGCAGGACGCCAUCCGCGCUGCUACCCGUGCCCACUGCUGGGGGCUCAUCUUGGGCACUUUGGGGCGUCAGGGCUCCCCUGGCAUCCUAAAGCACCUGGAGUCGCGUCUCCGCGCCCUGGGCCGGCCCUUCGUGCGGGUGCUGCUCUCUGAGAUCUUCCCCAGCAAGCUGAAGCUCUUCCCUGACGUGGACGUGUGGGUGCAGGUGGCCUGUCCCCGGCUCUCCAUCGACUGGGGAGAAGCCUUCAGCAAGCCGCUGCUGACGCCCUACGAGGCUGCGGUGGCUCUCCAGGACAUCGAGUGGCAGCAGCCAUACCCCAUGGACUUCUACGCCAGCCAAUCCCUGGGGCCAUGGACUGUGAACCACGCUGGCACGCAGCCCCCACGCCGUGCCCAACCAGCCCAGGCACAGCCUCCCGCACCUCCCAGCACAGUGCGGGGAGAGGAGACACUGAGCACCAGCAGCCCCACAGCCUCGUGAGCACGGCCUACACCCCGUCCUGCUGCUGCCUGGGGGGGCAGAGGCACCGGCCUCCCCCCGGAGGGUAAGCACCAUCGAUGCCUCCCGGUGCUGGCACCAGAAUGGAUGGGGAUGCACCCCGGACCUUGCCCACACCGCUGCCCGCGGGGAGUGGCUCCCUGCGAGGCCGGGCCGUGCUGCAGGCUCUGCCCGCGGCAGCUCCCGCUCGCACCGGGGAUCCCGCCCCAUCUCACCGGGAUCGCCCCGUCCCGGCUCCCCGCGCCGCGGCCUCCCGCCGCCAGGGGGCGCGCUGGCGCUUCGUAGGUGAGGGGUGGCCGCCCUCUCUCCUCGCCAUCCAAUGAGUGCGCUGGGUUUCGGCGGGAAGGGAGGGGCGUGUCAGCCGGAAGCGUUGUUUGACUUCCGCCGGCGGCGGGCGCCAUGUCGGAGGGGCCGGUGCUGCGGCUGCUGGCGCUGCACGGUUACCGGCAGAGCGAGCGCCGUUUCCGCCAGCGCACCGGGGCGCUGCGCAAGGCUCUGCGCGGCCGCGCGGAGCUGGUGGCGCUCAGCGCGCCGCACCUCGUCCCCGGCGACGAGGACGACGACGACGACGGGGACGACCCCCCCCGCGGCUGGUGGUUCUCCGGGCCCGGCACCUUUGACGCGGGGGAGGCGGCGGCGGCGCCGUUGGGGCUGGAGGAGUCGCUGACGGCCGUGGCGGCGGCGCUGGCGGAGCGCGGGCCCUUCGACGGGCUGCUGGGCUUCAGCCAGGGCGCGGCGCUGGCCGCCAUGGUGUGCGCCCUGCGGGCCCGCGGCGACCCCCGCUUCCCCGUGACCUUCGCCAUCCUGGUGGCCGGGUUCGCCAGCCGCGCCCCAGCCCACGGCCACUUCUACCGGGACCCCAUCGCUCUGCCCACGCUGCACGUCGUGGGCGAUGCUGAUGCCGUCAUCGCUGCCCCGCUCAGCAGGGAGCUGGCCCAGUGCUUUGUGGAGCCGGUUGUCCUCAGCCACCCCGGCGGGCACUUCGUCCCUGCGGCUGCGCCACAGAAGAAGGUCUACCUGGAGUUCCUGGGCCGCUUCCGCCCCACACAGGGAUAGGCUGGGCCCCCGGCAGCUGGGGCCGUGGGAUAACAGUCUCUUUAAUCAAUGGGGCCAUCCUGGUGGAACAUCCUUGGCUUUCCAUGCCCUCCAGAGGAGCCAAAGAGUCCUCAGCACCUCACUGCUGCGCCGUAGGGUUAACCCAGGGCCAGGCUGAAUAGUUCUUUGUAAUCUCCCCUUUUUUUGCAACUUUGUUGUGUACAUGAGCGGUUUGAGGGUGGCACUGUGUGCGUGAGGUGCUUUCAGAGACUUGAGUAAUUCAGACUUAGGGCUCCUCAGCCACUGGAAUUGUCUGCAGAGCACACAGCUCCUGUAGCUGUUACACCCCAAAGAUUUGUGGUCUUAAUGUUGCUGGUAAAAGAGAUUAAGCCAACCUUCCAGCUGGUCUGGGUCUAGAAAGGCAUCAUGACUUUCUGACAGUGCCAGGGCUUGUGUUCGUUUUGGGAAUGAAAUGUCUGUGCUUGUUCAGCAUGUGUGUGUUGGGACAUCUUUUGUAUUUUCCUCUAUACAAGGUGCCUCUGUGAACAAGAAAAUCUUAUCAAUACAUUUUUUGCUCUGAUCUUUUCCAGAA